CCUCCUCCACCAGGAGGCGCUCCCGAGAGAGGAUAAUAUAGACAGAUGGCUACAAGAAUUCCCCUCGGUUUGGGCAGAGACGGGGGGGAUGGGACUAGCUGCUCACAGGACCCCAGUCCUGGUAGAGCUCAAGCCAGGAGAGAGUCCGGUAAGAUCAAACAAUACCCCAUGUCUCAGGAGGCCCGGAAGGGGAUCCAGCCACACAUCCGGAGACUACGAAGCCUAGGAGUACUAGUUCCUUGCCAGUCUGCCUGGAACACCCCCCUACUGCCGGUCAAAAAGCCUCACACAAACGACUAUCGACCGGUACAAGACCUCCGGGAAGUAAAUAAGAGGGUCGCGGACAUACACCCAACUGUUCCCAACCCAUAUACUCUCUUGAGCUCCUUGGCACCCUCCAGGUUCUGGUAUACUGUACUAGAUUUAAAGGAUGCCUUCUUCAGUCUGCCGCUGGCACCCCGGAGCCAACCCUUGUUCGCCUUUGAGUGGCAUGAUCCGGAGGAGGGCUACAGUGGGCAACUCACCUGGACACGGCUACCUCAGGGAUUCAAAAAUUCACCCACCAUCUUCGACGAGGCACUACACGAGGACCUGGUAUUUACAGACACCUUCUCUGGCUGGGUGGAAGCAUACCCAACCAAGCAUGAAACGGCUCAGACGGUGGCUAAGAAGCUAGUAGAAGACAUCGUACCCAGGUACGGUUUUCCUGCCAUGGUAGGAUCAGACAAUGGACCAGCUUUUAUCUCGCGGGUAACACAGGCAGUAGCCAAGGCGGUGGGGGCGAACUGGAAAUUACAUUGUGCUUAUAGGCCCCAGAGCUCAGGACAGGUAGAAAGAAUGAAUAGAACCCUAAAAGAGACCCUUACCAAAUUAACCAUGGAGACUGGUGGGGACUGGGUGACUCUCCUACCGUACGCCCUUUACAGGGUUAGAAACGCUCCUUACACUCUGGGUUUUACUCCCUACAAGAUCAUGUUUGGCAGGCCACCCCCUAUUAUUCCCAGCCUUCGAGCUGAACUCAUUGCUGAGUUUAAAGAUCAAGAACUUUUUCUUUCCUUGAGAGGGCUCCAGAGGGCGCAUAAGGACAUUUGGCCGCGCCUCCGUGCCAUCUACGAGGCUGGCCCGACCCCGACACCUCAUCAGUACAGGCCGGGAGACUGGGUCUAUGUCAAGAGGCACCACCGAGAGACCCUCGAGCCGCGCUGGAAGGGACCCUACAUCGUGGUGCUGACAACCCCCACCGCUCUCAAAGUAGACAGCAUGGCGACCUGGGUCCAUCACACCCACGUUCGGCCAGCGGACCCCUCCUCGAUCCGGAAGGACUUCGUCACGCGAUGGGCCAUCAGUCGGGACCAACACAACCCUCUCAAGCUCAAGCUACAGCGCAUUCGACCCACCUAAUAUUGGUAACUCUGUCAACUCUGCUUGUCAUUGCUCAUGCUGCCGGGAGUCCCCACGCCCCCCAGAACAUCGCCUGGCAGAUCAUAGACACCAGCUCGGGGACAAUACUUAAUCAGACCUCCCAGAGCCACCCCAGGGACACAUGCUUCCCAGAACUUAGCGUAAAACCUCCAAACUCUGUUCCCCUUGUCACCAUAAAUGCAGCCGGUCCCAUGAUUGGGUCCGUAAGCUACAUGACAAGGGGGGAAUGAAAGGGCGGGCCUA